AUGGAAGGAAUGCGAACAAUGGUUGUUUGCACAGUACUUUCCGGAGAACCUCCCAUUAAUAUACUUUGGCUGAAGAAUAACAUUCCCUUGCUUCAUUCAGAACAUCGAGAUGGAAUCCACGUAACAAGCCUUGGCGAAUUUGCAUCUUCUCUUACGAUACCAUCUGUUUCUAGACACCAUGCUGGAAAUUAUACGUGCUUAGUAGCUUCUGGAACUGCGCAAACAUCUUUCACAGCUCAGAUGACUGUAAAAGCAAGUCCUAAAUGGGCUAAGAAACCAUCCGACCAAGAAGCCGUGGUAAAUCAAAAAGUUAUAUUUGCUUGCCAAGCCGAAGGGAUACCAGAAACAAUUCAUCGAUGGAAAUAUAGACCAGCUGAUGCAGUUAAUCAGUCGAUUGAUUUCCGAAGCGUUGUCAGCAGCUCCCAUAUGUACGUCCUGGAAAAUGGAUCUUUGGUGAUAAGAGAUGUAGAGAAACAGGACGGAGGGCAAUAUCUAUGCGAAGCCAGCAAUGGUGUAGGUGCAUCAUUAGCGGAAAUCGUAAAACUAAGUGUUAACGUUCCACCUCGUUUCAAUCAAAGUUUUGAAGUCAAGACUGUAAAGGAGCACGAAGAAGUUGUACUCAGCUGCGAUGCCCACGGUGAAAGUCCUCUGACUGUAUCCUGGAAACGCUACCAGAGACCCAUUGACAGGAGCGCACUUUCGAGAUAUGUCUUACGAGAACAUGUGAACCCGGAUGGUUUGAAAUCACAGUUAUCCAUUCCCUCGGUUCUACGAUCUGAUUCAGGAUUAUUUUCCUGUGAAGCCAGCAACGACUUUGGAAGAGAAGAAAAGAGUAUUCAACUUAUCGUGCAAGCGCCUCCAGAGAGCCCUGAAGGGUUGCAGCUGCUUCAAGUUACCAGCCGUCAGAUUAUUUUCUCAUGGACAGCGCCAUCUAGUGGGAAUAGCCCCAUCACAGGAUAUAUUAUUGUUUACAAUCAAAGUCGGAAAGCAAAGGAUGAACCACUGGAAACAAUUCGAGUUUCGGCAGCAGAGACUAAAGUAACUGUCACUGGGUUAACUCCGGGAACAACAUACGCGUUUCGUGUCCACGCGGAAAACACUCUAGGACGGAGCGGUUCUAGUCAAGAAUUGUUGAUCACGACUGAAGAGGAAGCCCCAACAAAUUCUCCUCAAGAUGUUCGAGUAAUACCUCUAAGUUCUACAAUGAUAAAAGUAGCAUGGAAAACACCAAAAGCCUCAAGUUCUUCCAAUCUUUUAGGUUAUUACAUAGGCUUCAGAGAUCUAACAAAUAACGAACCGUAUGUCUAUAAAACGGUAGAUCUUUCAAAGCUCCUGAGAGUCAAUGAAGGCUUAAUUUCAAAUUUGAAGAAAAAUACAAAGUACGCAAUAACUGUCCAGGGAUAUAACAGUAAAGGCGCAGGGCCAGCAUCUAAAGAAGUUAUUGUACAAACGCUACAACAUGAUCCUCCUAAAUCUCCAAUUUUGAGAAUUCUAAAUCAAUCAGAGUUUUCCAUCGAAUUACAAUGGACAGUAUCGGAGAUGUCACCAGUAACAGGUUACAUUCUGCAAUAUCGGAGCGAAUCCGGGGACUUAGCAGAGGAAUCUCAUGUCGCCCCACAAAGGAACAGCGCCAUUGUAAAGAGUUUAAAAUGCGGAACCAAGUACCAUUUCACGCUCACUGCCUUUAACAAUGCCGGGCGGGGCGAACCCAGCGAAGAAGUCACUGGGAAAACAAAAGGAGGAGCUCCACUAGCUCCUGAUAAAACAUCUUUACUGGUAAUCAAUUCAACAUUUGCUAUUGUUCGACUGUCUUCCUGGAGCGAUGGAGGAUGUCCGAUUUUAUAUUUUGAAGUUCGCUACAAGCCUAAGCUUCAAAAAGAAUGGAUUUUGCAAUCUUCGAACAUAGCUCCUGCUCAGAGCACAGUGACUUUAAGUGACCUCUCAGCAGGAACAUGGUAUGAUCUUCUAAUGGCGGCUCAUAAUGACGCUGGAUCAACAGAAGCGGAAUAUCUUUUUGCAACUCUUACAAUGUCUGGUGCUACCGUCCCACCUCUUGCCUCUAUAUCGUCCAAUGUGUCUGUUGCCUUUUCAAUUUUGCGGGACCCAGCUGUAUUCGUUCCGAUUGUUUGUGCCAUAGUCGUUGUUGUUGUGAUAACCGUCGUCGUUGCUGUCGUCAUGGUUUUAAGAAGAAAGGACGCCACGUCGGAAUGCCGAUCUCAAGGUGUCUACUCUGGAAGUUCCGGAGGUAAAGGUGAAAAUUUAUCCAUGAGUUCUUACGGAAAAGUCAAACGUAGUGACCCAUCCGACGACAGUCAGAGAGAGCCUUUAUAUUAUCCUACCCCGUAUGCAACGACGCAACUCUCCACGUACAGUGAGUCGCCUAAUGCCUCACAUAGCAAUACACUGAGAAGGCAUGAGGGGAAAGGUCAUGAGUACGAUAUUCCUCACAGACAUGCACAGAUGGGUGAGUACACAUCCUACGCAAAACUAUGGACGCGAGCUCAUGAACAUAUGCAAGUUGAUGGUAACUUAUCAAUGGCGACAAUGAAAGCCACUAAUAUCCAUUUUAAAUCUAUUAUUGGCAGCUACAACGACGGGGUUGGCGAGACGGAAAAUGGAACCCACAUGACCUGUUCUCCUCUCCCCGACCCAGACAUGGAUGAAUUAUCGGAGACCGAAUGCGACAGGCAUCACAACUCGUGGAUUGUUAUCAGAGGUUCCUUUGAAGAUGAUAUAAUGCAACGAGUUCCACACGUCUGUUAACCAGUACUUCCAAAAGCUCAAUUACCCGUUAUUCCAUUGUUGCUGCAGUUUUAAAUAAAUUUUACGUCGUCUACGGAGAAGAUAAUCGUCGCAUUGUGUCUGCAUCAUUCUGAAACUCAUGAUGAUCAGUGCCAUCGUCAUUACGCUGUACAUGAUAGGACAUAUUAUUCGGCCAAUUUUAUCAUUUGUGCGCUGCAAACUGACUCUUUUUGAGAAAGUGAUAUUUUUAUG